GCUAAUUGGUUUCUCAACAGCGAUGAGUGAGGAUGGAGGUGUUGAGUGGCUUCGGACCUUUUCGGGUGCGUGGUAUGAGGUGCUCGAGAGGGACUCUUCCCCGGCCGAGAGAGUGCGUAUGCGAAAGCACCAGGAUGCUGAGGAUCUGUUGCGGGAGCUGCAGGGAAGGGCCCAGCAGCUGCUUGAGGGCGACUCGAAGAGGUUCGAGCGCGAGAUGGUGCGUGGCGAUGGCGACCAGCAAUGGAUGCGCAAGAUAGCCCAUGAGGGGACGGUGGCUGACCGCAUCGGCGCCCUGACGUUGCUGAUCCAGCAAGCACCGGUCUUCCAGCUGCACCAGCUGCGGCAGCUGGUGGCCAUGGCCGCCAAGAAGAACCGCACCGCCGCCACCGCAGCACAGGAGGCUCUCAAGGACCUCUUUAUCAACACCCUGCUGCCCGACCGGAAGCUCCUGUUUUUCCACCAGCAGCCGCACGGCAUUGGCCACCGGGAGAGGGCGGCCACCCUGCGGCGGGAGGGGGUCAGGGUCACCCAACUCAUGCUCAAGAUGUGGGCGUUCGAGGACGCACUCAAGACAGCAUUCGCCAACUUCCUACAGGUAGGCAUCUAGAUAGCUACAUCACUGGCUGGCUGAGAGCUGAGUGUGUUUCUUCUUCCCCCUGCUGACAUAUAUUGAUCUGUCAUUGGUUGAUUGAUUGGAUGCCAUGUGUCUGUCUGUGCACAUGCAGGCAUUGGUAUCCAUGAGUCACGACACGUCCGAGUUCGCCAAGGUGCGUGCCCUCAAGACCCUGUCGGAGCUUCUGGUGGCCAAGCCAGAACAGGAGCAGGCCCUGCUGACCACACUCGUCAACAAACUCGGCGACGCUGCCCCGAGGGUGGCCGUCCAGGCCUCGCGACACCUGGCUGACCUGCUCGACACCCACCCACAAAUGCGCAGAGUGGUGUUCCGCACACUCAAGGAUGUGGUCCUCAUGACGCGACCAACAACACACAACAAGGGCCGGCAACACCGGCAGCAGCAGUCGCCGGCCUGCUCACCUGCCCAGUAUAGAGCACUUGUCUUCCUCUCACAAAUGAAGCUCUCAAGGUCAGUCACUCCUGCAUGCUGUGCAUCCACACCUGCCGUCAUCUUCGGCUGCUGCUUGUUCUUGAUCCCUCAGGGGCGAGCAGGACCUUGCAGGAGAGGUAGUCAGGCAUCGAAGUGGCUCUCUCAGAUCAGAGGCCUGCGUGGAUGGAUGGAUGGAUGCAUGGGUUCAGAUGUUCAAGCUGUAUCUAUUGGUGUUCGAGAGGCUCUUCGGGUCGACGGCCGCUGACGGCAUGGCCGAUUCAUCAUCGUCGAGGCCGAGAGAGACCAAAGGCAGCCCGCGUGUGGUGGUAGUGGGCGAAGCCGACAGCCGACUCCUCAAGGCCGUCCUCACGGGUGGGUGAUUGCGCACACUCACACCAGCACAUAGACAGAAGAGGGAGCUGGGGAUGCCUGACGCAGCGCAGCACCGACCCGGUUUCCUGUGUGUACGUGUGUAUGCGUGUGGAUGGGAUGGGUUCCUGCGGUGCGGUGCAGGGAUGAACCGUGCAUUUCCGUUCGUCGAGAGUGAGGCCUUCAGCGGCGCCCUGGCCUCCAAGAUCGACAUCCUCUUCAAAGUCAGGUGGGUAUGGAUGGAUGGAUGGACGGAUGGGCACACAGUUGCGGUGUUCGGGUGUCUUAUCAUCUAUCUGUCUGUCGUGUUGGUUGGCUGGUUGGUUCAGUCAUGUGGCGCCCACACCUUCCCUCCGCAUUUCGCUGCUGAGCCUCCUCUUCAGGAUAACGAAUGCAUUCAAGUACGUGGACAUACAUGUGUAUGUCACGUCGAUUGGUUCGCUGGCUGUGUACAUGUGAAUGGUCUGAGUGUGGCACACCGUGUGUUGUGCUGUGCAGGGUGGAUUCGCAUCGGUUCUACCGUCUGCUGUAUGAGCAGCUGCUGAACCGGGACAUCUACCGCUCGUCCAACGCAAUGACUCUAUUCACCCUGCUGCGAGAGUGCCUGCAGCCGGACCAUGGUGUGCCCAUCAACACGUCGGUGGCCAUCCUCAAGCGCCUGCUGCAAGUCGGCAUGCACGAAAGGUCCGAGAUGGCUUACCAAGCCCUCCGGACCGCCAGCACCACACUCAAGGCCCUCCCGCAGCUCUUGGUGGAAAAGGUGCUGCAGCAGCCCGAUGCUGCACUCCGAGACACGGUGGAUGACAGGGAGGGGGACGGCGAUGUGGACACCCAACACACCGGCCACAAGCACUUACGCACAACCAGUGGGGGAGACUAUGAUCCUCUCAAAAGAGGUAGGGACGGACGGACGGACGGACGGCCACGCAUAAACAACACCGACCGUGUCCCGACGUUCAGAUGAUGGGAGUGUAUGUGUGCAUGUGUGUGGGUGUCGGUGUCAGAUCCUGAGUACUCUGGUGCGUCACGUUGUUUCAUGUGGGAGCCGACCAUCUUCAGUGCGAUGGCCGACGGCAGGCUCCGCCAGGGUGCCGCCCAUGUCACGGAUCCAGCAGCGAUGGAGUCGCUGCCGGCAGACCCUGCGACGAACCUCAACUCGUGGCUCGAUCAGGAGCUCCGGCGGUCCCAAGCUGCGGCCGGUGACGAGCAGGCGGCAACAGCAGCGGGAGGUGUGGGUGUGGAUGUGGGUGAAGAGGCCGAGGAGGCCGAGAUAGAUGAGUUCCUGAUGGCUGAGCUGAGGCGUGACUACCCGGAUAUCGGCGGGAGUGACGAUGGGGCCAUGAGCAUGGACGAGGAGGAAGAUGAGGAAGAUGAAGAAGAUGAGGAAGAUGAGGAAGAUGAGGAAGAUGGAGAUGUUGAGCAGGGAGAGUGGCAGGAUGGGGACCAAGGGGAUAUGGAUAUGGAUGAUGGCGGCCAGUUGCAUACCGGCAAAGCUGUGCACAGAGCAGGGAGAGUGGCAAAGACAGGCAGGCAAGCGAAAGGGACGUCAUCCUUCGCGCCAGCGGAACUAUAUGCGCAGCAGAUGGACCUUGAUGAUGAGGAAUGAAAUGCAUUUCAUUGGG